AUAGCUGGGCGGGUGGGCGGAGCACCCAGUCGAGCGGCGCGCCAAGGCUGAAGCGGAUGCGGCUUACGGUGCCAGCGCCCCAGUUCCGGAGCCUUUCUGAGCGGUCACUGGGUGUGUGUACCUCUCGGUCUUUGGCGAGUAGACGGACUGGUGGCCCAGGGAAUUAGUUUCCUACGACUCUGCUGCUAAAAAUAGAGCAGUGACUUGGUUCGGUCAGCAACCUAGUGCUGAUUUACAGCUGCUGCCAAGACGUGAGCUUGGCACUGUAGGGGCCUUUAAAGUUUUACAGAUCUAAAAGUAGCAUGGAUCUGCCUGUGGAUGAGUGGAAAUCAUACUUACUUCAGAAGUGGUCUUUACUCCCAACAUCCAUUCAGUUCACAAUUUCUACAGCAGAGACUUUGAGGGAUCUCUUUCUUCAGUCCUCUUCACUUCUUCAACCUGAGGAUGAGAUGUUUUUAAAAAGACUUUCUGGAGGUUAUUUGGUGGGAAAGGACCCUGAAGCUCCCCUUUUCUACAGAGAAGAAGGAAACAAAAAAUUUCAGGAGAAAGAUUAUACAGGAGCUGCAGUGCUCUACUCUAAGGGAGUUUCACACUCAAGGCCUAACACUGAGGACAUUUCACUGUGUUAUGCUAAUCGCUCUGCAGCCCUCUUCCACCUGGGUCAGUAUGAGACAUGUCUUAACGACAUUAUCAGAGCACAGCUGCAUGGGUAUCCAGAAAGAUUACAACCCAAGAUAAUGUUGCGUAAAGCAGAAUGUCUGGUGACCCUGGGGAGACUGCAGGAGGCAAGCCAGACCAUCAGUGAUCUUGAAAGUAUUAAUAACUUCACUGUCAAACCCACCCUAGCAGAUUCCCCCUUUCAGAUUCUACAGAAAAACCUGUGUUGUCUGAAAAUGAAGAUACAAGAAAAGACAAAUCUCACAGAAAUCUUCCCAGCAGCUCUACCCAAAGCCUUUGAGGACAUGGACCUAAGGGAAGAGAAUGAACAAAUUUCCAGUGCAUCGUCAUCUGUCACCUUAUGCACUGACCCUGUAAAAGGCCGCUAUCUGAUUGCCACAAGAGAUAUUCUCCCAGGAGAGCUCCUGGUGAAAGAGGAUGCUUUUGUGAGUGUCCUUAAUCCAGGAGAAAUGCAACCACUGCAUCACGGCUUAGACAGCAAGUGGAGAACCAGAAUCACCAAUGGGGACCUCUACUGUCACCAAUGUUUAAGGCACACUUUGGCCACAGUUCCUUGUGAUGGAUGCAGCUAUGCCAAGUAUUGCAGCCAUGAGUGUAGGCAGCAAGCCUGGGAGCUCUACCAUAGUAUAGAGUGCUCUCUAGGGGGGCUGCUUCUCACACUGGGUAUCUUUUGCCACAUUGCCCUGAGGUUGACUCUAUUAGCUAGAUUUGAGGAUGUAGGCAAAAUCCUAAGGAAGCUUUGUGAUGAGACUAGUCUCAAGGACAUCUAUUCACCUGAAAGCAAGAAUCUGGUCAAGACACUUAAUUAUGACUUGGGGGCAAAUGAAGAAAAUGGCAAAAUAGUUCAGACCCCAAUUCCUGGAUGUGAUAAUAUUAGUGGGAAGUAUGAGAAUAAUUAUAAUGCUGUCUUCAACCUUUUGUCCCAUACUGAAAACCACAGCCCAGAGCACAAAUUUCUCUGUGCUCUAAGUGUUUCUGUACUGUGCAGACAGCUAGGAGCAGCCAGUUUACAGCCAUUCACAACAGGUCUGAAAUCCUCUAAGCUGAAAGCAGCAGCAAGUCCAGAGUUCUGUCCAGAUUUGGAUAUUUGGGGAGUGGCCAUGCUGCGACACAUAUUACAGCUGCAGUGCAAUGCCCAGGCAAUAACUACCAUACAGCAGACAGGAUCUAAAGAGAACAUCAUUACCAACAGUAGGCAGGUGCGCCUUGCCACAGGCGUCUUCCCUGUUGUCAGCCUCCUGAACCACUCCUGCAGCCCCAACACCAGCAUAUCCUUCAGUGGCACUGUCGCCACCAUUCGGGCAUCACAGCAGAUUGGAAAAGGGCAAGAGAUUCUCCACUGCUAUGGGCCUCAUGAGAGCCGGAUGGGUGUUGCUGAAAGGCAACAGAAGCUGAGGUCUCAAUAUUUCUUUGACUGCAACUGUCCAGCUUGUCAAACGGAGGCGGACAAAGUGGCUGCAGGGCCCAGGUGGGAAGCAUUCUGUUGUAACAGAUGCAGAACACCCAUGCAGGGAGAUGACAUGCUGAGCUGUGGCAACAGAUCUUGCACAGAAUCCAUCAGCAGGAACCACCUAGUUUCUCAGUUACAGGACCUUCAACAGGAGGUUGAAAUGGCCCGGAAGCUUCUCAGAAAUGGUGAACUAGAGCAAGCUAUUCAGCGGUUGUUGGGGUGCCAGGAUGAUGCCAAGAGCUUCCUGUCAGCAGAACACACCGUGGUAGGAGAAAUCGAGGAUGGCCUGGCCCAGGCCUAUGCGGCCUUAGGGGACUGGGAGAAGUCAGCUACCCAUCUACAGAAGAGUCUCCAAGUGGUUGAGGUUCGCCAUGGGCCAUGCAGUGUUGAAAUGGGCCAUGAGCUCUUCAAACUGGCCCAAAUUUAUUUCAAUGGGUUUGCAGUAUCCGAAGCUCUGAACACUAUACAAAAGGCAGAAAAAGUUCUAUUGGUGCACUGUGGCCCUUGGAAUGAUGAGAUCCAGGAGCUCCAAAAGAUGAAAUCCUGUUUAAUAGACUUGCCACCCAUCCCUGUGAGACCUUUAAUGUAGGAACCCAAGGGGACUUCAACCCCCAGGAAAGAAGCCUAUAGAAGAUGAGUUAAAGAAGCUCUGCCUCUGCUAAGCUGUCCUCAGGAAAGACAGGACUUCCUGACAGUCCCGAGCCUAGGAUGUGAGGGGCAGGCAGGACUCUGAAAGCAUGCAGUUGGAGAGAGACACUCGCCUGUUUUGAUGAAUGUUUCCUGAAAUAGUUAACUGUCCUCCAGUAAAAACUUCCAGUUCCCAGAAAAGACUUAAAACUAGUGUCUGGAGAGUCCAAGUCCUUUAAAAGAAUUUUAGCUGAUCUGCAGACUUCUGGAUGUUAGCCUGGGGUUUUGGCUAGAUUCCACCUCUAAAUGAUGAUAGUCUGUUUCCCUGGAACAUUCCUAUGGUUUCUAGUUGUAAUGAAAUGUUGUGUACCACUCCAGUGGGAACUUAAACUCUUAGUAGUAGUCUUGUAAUUGAAAAAUAAUUAUAAAGCAAGGAAUCAGUAAGGCUGCUUACCUCUAGAGACACACUUAUGGUAUCUAGCUUCUGCAAAGCCUUUGUUAAAACUGAUGGAGUAUAAACUGUGAAUAGGGAAAUAAGUAUGGAGCCAUUUUAUUGUUGAGCAAUUUCUUCCUGGAAUGACAAUUUUAAUUUUUUUAAUUGUCUACCAGUUUGGGUGGCGCCUGUGGCUCAAGGAGUAGGGUGCGGGUCCCAUAUGCCGGAGGUGGCGGGUUCAAACCCAGCCCCGGCCAAAAACCACAAAAAAAAAAAAAAAAAAUUGUCUACCAGUUUUCCAGUUUUUAUUCUCUGGCUUUCCUUGUAUACUUUUUUAAUUCUUUUUAAGAUAGAGGGGUUUUUUUUGUUUGUUUGUUUGUUUGUUUUUUGCAGUUUUUGGCCAGGACUGGGUUUGAACCCACCAUUUCCAGCAUAUGGGGCUGGCGCCCUACUCCUUUGAGCCACAGGCGCCGCCCUCCUUGUAUAUUUUUAACAGACUUCGCUGACCAAACGCUAAUAAAAUCAAACUUGCAGUAACGACUUUAUAAUACAUGUGCCCCCUUUCUGAAUUAUUCUAUUUGUUGGCAAGCCUGAAAAGAAACUACUGUUUUCUAUCAGACCUCUCCAGGCUGACAAAUGAAACAUAGACUGUCUGGGUAGUGGGAAGAGAGACUUAAAAUACUGAAGGUAUAGACAUUGCUGUUUGUGGUUUCAAACUCAAGAGACAGAAGGUAAGAAUGAUUGUUCCCUUCCAUUGGGAUAUGUAGAAAUAAUCCAGACCCCAUCCUGGUCGAAGGUUGCAGGAUUCUCUGGUUCUAAACUCUGGUUGCUGUAACACCACUGGUGACCAGGUGGUUCAGGUGCAUUAGUGGGAAAGAAUGCCGGGUCUACACUGCUUUCAAGAGUUUGCUCACCCUGGCCAUGCCCAAGAACUGCCUGUUGGUUACCAUGGCAUUAUUAUCAGGAAAUCAGUAGCCCUGAAGAUGCCUGGCAGUAGCUUUUCAGGAAGCUGUUUGGAAUAAAGUUAACACUGAAACAUUUGUUAAAUGAAGGGAAGGCACAAUUUCCUUUCUCUUUUCUAACAAUUCAUUGUGGCAAAGGAGUGGCCAGUGUGAUUCUUUUUGGUAAAGCUAACUUUUUUAAGAAAAAUAAAAUGUAGUCCUACAAACAAUUCCAUAUUCUCCAAACACGUGGCAUGUUUCAUGUUCCUAA